ACGAUGAUUGUCUAAACCAAAAUAAUUCGUCGACACGCAAUGACUCAUUGUGCAAAUGGCAAAACGAAAUUGCGAAGUGAAAGUGUGUUUAAAGGUCACGUAAAUACGUUAAUUUGUUAUUAAAAGCAGUUCUUCGUGAAAUCGCCGCCCGACAACAUCCUGCAUCGUCGUCAUAACGUCGCAAUCAAGAUGAACGAGCAAAUCCACAUCGAUAACGAUGACCAUUUGCGCACCGUCGUACACAUACAAGUUGACUAUUUCUACAUCCAAGUGGAGUCUCAUCGAGAUCCUUCAUUGUGCAACAAACCAAUUGCUAUCCAACAAAAUGAUGCAAUCACGACAACUAACUACGAAGCACGAGAGUGUGGUAUAAAGCGCACGAUGAGCGUCCAGGAGGCGCUUAAUUUGUGCCCACAUUUGGUUCUUUUAAACAGAAAUGCAGAAAGCUUUCACAACUACAGACAACUUUCUUAUAGUAUAACAGCACAUCUACAAAAAUAUUCUACAUGUGUUGAACGUCUUGGCCUGGAUGAAAACUACGUUGAUAUAUCUGAAGUUAUUCAGCAACGUUUAGGAGAAAAAUGUACAAUAGUAGGUGAAGUUUACAACAAAUCAAGUGCAGUAUGUUUGUGCGGAUGUUACGACCGCCUUAAAUUAGCGACGAAAGUGGUUGGCGAAAUCCGCGAGUCUAUAAAAAAUGAAUUCAAGUUGGUAACACGAGCCGGAAUAGCUCAAAACAAACUUCUAGCGAAACUGGCUAGUGAUUUGCACAAACCCGACAGACAAACGGUGGUUUUUCCUCCAAAUGGUUAUGAAUUAAUAGCAAAUUUAAGCAUUCAAGAGCUUCCAGGGUUAAGUAAGUCUGUCCUUAACGUGUUGGAGCAUGAGAUGGGAAUUCGAACAGUUGCAGAUUUACGAUAUAAUGAUAAACUGGUAAAUUUACCCAAAGAAAAAGCGAAAUAUUUGCGUGAUUUAUCAAUGGGUGUAGAUGCUUCACCAGUUAAAGGUCGUUUUGUUAGUUUGGAGGACUCGCCACGAACUGGUGUAGAAUCCGAGGUGAAAGAAAUUUUAGAACAACUACUUAAACGCCUAAUUGCGUUAGUGAAUAAAGAUGGAAGGAUUCCAAGGAGAAUUGAACUCCUCGUAAGGAAAUACGACGACAACGCGAAAAUAUCUCACAAAGAAGUGAAAUAUUUCAACUUACAUCCGAAGUUAUUCAUCAGCGAGAGUAAAAUGUGCGUUAAUGAAGACGCCGAACGGAAAUUGCUGUCGAUUGCGAUGAAGUUGUUUUUGAAGGCAAUUGAUGUGUCGCGACCUUACCACAUCACCUUGCUGGGACUGUCUUUCCGGCGCUUCAGAGAACCAAUGCGCGUGUGUCGAACGGCGGCGAUGCUUGUCAAUCCAUUGCUGAAGGAGAAGGUUGAGGUGCAGACCGUGACGAGCAUCGAGAGCAAGUGCGAUUACUCGGCGAUGUUCAUGGACACCUCAUGCGGGGGUUAUCACUACAAUUAUAACGGCUACAGCGAUAACACUGACGGUUCGGAGUCUGAAAUGGAACCGUCGCCAAAGAAAAAGAAGUUCAAUUUAAUUCGAAGCGCGAGGUGUUUUAAAAGCGAAUGCCCUUCGCCGUCGAAACUUAACGUCGACCAGCUGAGGAUUAACUCCGAGAGUUAAACACAGACAAGUUAGAAUUUUAUUUUUGGGUAUGGUUUAAGUUUUAAUUAAAUAUUUCAACGUUUAUUGUUGAAAUGAUGAGUGCUGGACCAAUUAUCAAAGGGAAAAAACACCAUUUAGUAUAUAAAGUUAUUAUUUACUUUAUCAUAUUUUCUUUUGGUUAAUUAAUAUGUAGUUCAACGAUUACUCUAUGGACGAAAACCGGUACAAACUAAAGUGCCUAAUAUUAAUCUUUUUUAAUAUAUAUUUUUUCUAUUUUCUUGUGAGCCGUGCACAGAAAUCAUUGAUUAGUACUUUAAACUAUGUUAUUCAAUUGUACAUGUGAUUAACAUUACAGCCAACAAAAUAAGUAAUUAUUUUACGUAAUAAGUGAGAAAAAGCGGAGUAAAUGACAAAAAAACAUACGAAAAACAUUGAAAACCAAAGAAAACGGGUUACAUAUGUUUAUUGUUCAAUACGAGUAUAUUUUUGAAAUAUGUAUUUAUAUGGGGAGCAUGUUCACUGAACGUAUACGGAGAUCCAUCAUUCGAUUGUAUUUAGAGCUUUUUUUAUUUUUCUAUCAAUUCGAUACCGAUGCAUUUUUUAUACGUUUAUAUUUUAUAUACAUACAUACUACCUAGGUACAUAAAAAUAGUCAAUUAUUAAUUGUAUUAAAUAAAACAAAACCUAACAAAAAUAAAAUAAAGAUUAUUUCUUUGAAAAAUAA